GAGGGAGGGAGAGGUGUAUAUCAGAAGUCUCAGUGACUCACUGUUUCUCUGAUUUUGAUGCAUGCAAGAGAAGCAAAAACGAUAAUAAUAAUUUAAAAAAGGGAAAAUAAAUGGAGAGGUGUGCCAAGCAAGUUAUGCAUUUUGUCAAUAUCUAAACUUUUCUGCAUUUGGAUUUCUCUCCUGGUUUCUGCUUACAACCUCAUUCAUUAUGUUUUCAGAGGUGAAAACCAGAUAAUGCUGGAGGAGGGUCUGUCUGCAGAAAUCUGAUGGCUGAUUCUACUCCAGAGUCUUUGCAAUCUGAUACAUUGGGCCCGGGACAUAUUAGCAGGUCACUUUUCAGCAUCCCUGGUUUCAUUGUAGGGUUUGGUACUAACUGUUUAUCAGAGUCUGACUCCAUUAGGAGCCCUACAUCUCCUUUGGAUUUGAAAGUUUUUCCAAAGCUUAAUAGCCCCUUUGGUCAUAAGUCCCCAGGAACACAAUCCCAAUGCAGGCAUAAAAAGAAGUGGGAUUGCAGUAAAGUAGGCCUUGGCAUCAUAAAUUCACUUGUGAAUGAAACCAAACCUUCUCCGGAUGUACUUGAUUCACCGAGGAAGAAUGUAAUCUUCAGACCACAGAUGAAGACAAAACCAAACCAUGGAUCACUUUAUUCUUCCGUAAAAUCCAACUCUUUGCCUAAAAACUACAUCUUUUCGUCACUUUUGGAAACCAAGACUCUCAAUCCCCAAUUAGGUGGCACAAAUGUUGCAUUUGACAAUGAAGGCAUCCCUUCAGAAUCUGGCCCGACUAACACUGUUGCAUCUUGCUUGUUGGAUCCCACCAGUUCUUCAUCCUUACAUCAUGGCUUAACCCAAAAUCACAGUUUGAGUUUUAUGAACUUUUGUUCGGAAAAUAAAACUAGCAUAGUGAGUUCACCUCUGAUACUUAACCGAGGCUCACAGAUAGCGAAUUCUUUGGAUAACAAACCAAGUUCAUUUCCAAUUCCUAUUGGAACCAGUCAUGGAAUUCUGAGUUCCUUUUCAGCAAGAGAGAUAGAGCUUUCUGAGGAUUAUACCUGUAUAAUUUCUCACGGUCCAAAUCCUAAAACAACUCAUAUUUUUGGUGACUAUAUUUUGGAUUGUCACAUUAAUGAGUUGGCUGAUUUUGGUAAGAAGGAUGGAUCGGGGAGUAAAUCAUUACAAGAGGCUGAAACCUUGGAGAGAUUAAUACCAUUUCACUCUGAAGAGACUUUUAGCUUCUGUUACUUAUGCAAGAAAAGACUGGAAGAGGGGGAAGACAUUUAUAUAUACAGGGGUGAGAAAGCAUUUUGCAGUUUUGAGUGUCGUGCUGAGGUUAUUUUUGCUGAGGAGUUGGAGGAAACUUACAAUAACUCUGCUGAAAGCUCUCCUGGAUCAAGCUGCCAUGAAGAUCUCUUCCUAAUGGGUAUGCCCUUUGCUACAUAAUGGGCCAUAGUUGCUCUCUCAGGCUCCCAUGUCUACGAUUGAAGUUGUUGCAUAGGUGCACCUUGAUCAUCUACUCAUAAGAGCUGUCUAUGUGAAUCUGUUUGCAGCCAUGGAUGAUCAAGAAAUGCAUUAUGUCAUUUUCUAAUUGCUUACUACUUUCAUGGUAUAGGCAAGUGGUGGCAGUCAUAGGAAAGAGCUUUUUCAUUCUAUAAAGGAGGCAGGGAUAUAGUAUUAAGCUUGUUGCUUGUCUUAUAAUUUUGAUUAGAUGGGUUGGAAGUGGCCAAAAGCCCUCGCCCAUCUGUUUUCAUAUAUAUUGGUUUUGUUGGGUUUGCCCUUGGUGAGAGAGUUAAUGGGGUAGCUUUUGAACCUAGUGAACUCAUGAAUGAAUGCAUGCGGCAUCUAAAUUACCAAUGGCA